GUCCAAGAGCAGCUACGGGAAGCCGCGCGGUGAAUGUGAGCGGUGACCCAUCGCUGGACUCGUUACUGACGAUAUCGCACUUGACGCGACCAGGAUGAGUGGAAGGUGUGCCAUACAGCUGGGGCUUCUCCUCCUGUGCUCGGUUCUCCUGCGCGUUCACAGUCAGGCGGACCAGAAACAGCAGCCUCCUCCGGUCAUCGAGAGUGGGGCUCACAUCCACGGUCACGGCCGCUUGGAUCGCAACAUGGUCCAGGACAAAGACCACAUCAUGGAGCACUUGGACGGGGUGAUCGACAAACCGGAGAAGGAGAUGUCGCCGCAGGAGCUGCAGCUGCACUACUUCAAGAUGCACGACUACGACGGCAACAACCUGUUGGACGGGCUGGAGCUGGCCACGGCCAUCACACACGUCCACAAAGAGGAGCGAGGCGAGAACAGCCAGCCCAUGAAGGAGGAGGAUCUCAUCGCGCUCAUCGACGACGUGUUGAGGGAUGACGACAAGAACAACGACGGCUACAUCGACUACGCCGAGUUCGCCAAGUCGCUCGAGUGAGAGCGCCCUCUGAGGUGGAUCAGGUCAUGUGACGGCAGAUAAGCAGUUACACUGCCAGAGAAGGCAGAGGUCGGUGCAAAUGAAUGUUUUCAGAUCAGAAAAUCACAACUGAUUCCCAAUGAAAAUGGUUAGAUUUGCUUUAUUUAAUUAAGUUAAUUAUAUUGUUAUUAUUAAAAAUAUCCUUUUAUAUUAUUUAGUAGUUUCAUGGGACAUUAUUUAAUAUUACAUUUAUUUUAUAUAAAUAGAAACUGAGUGACAGCAUGUUGUUUAAGUAAAGGAUGAGAAAUAUGGAAAUCAUUUUAAUUGAGUUUAUUUCAAUCAUCGAAAAAACACAUUUUAUAUAUCAAUUAUUUAAUUCAGCUUAUCUGGUCGAUCUUUUUAUUUCUUUUAUUCACUUGAGAAAAAUGACAAAAGAUAAAAAUAGAGUACAUUAUCUAUAAAAAAUGCUAAAUACAACACAAUUUGAGUUUGUCACAGUGAAAGCUUUGGCACUAAAUAGUUAAAAAUACAUAUUUUAAAUAUUUUUCUAUAUAUAGAUAUAUAAAUUGUGGUUACAGAACUGUAUUUUUCACUCGGUGGCUAAAGCUCUUCCCAAAAACCGUUACAGUAGAUUCCCUGAUUUUUUUUUUUCCUUCUUUUUAAUGCAUUUACUUGUCUAUCAUUUACUUAUUUUUGCUCGGUUGUGGCUGCCACCCCGUGAAGUAUUUAUUAUUUUAAACUGAAUCAAUGGAGGGUGGAAGCUCUUCUGUUGCCUGGACCUGACAACCGUGGGCCUCACUGCAGCAACAAGCACACAUGGUCACAUGGUUCCGUCAGCUGACUCUGAAUGUACGUCUCCCUCCCAGUCACUGGAAAGUUGAAACUUGAAGUGGUCUGCUUUCGCUCAUCCGCUGCCUUUCUGAUGUUGGAGUUCCACGUGAAGAAGCUCGAUGAAUGUACAGUUUCUUACAGAUGUAUUUUUGCCAGUCAGUGUUGAUUCUUCACUUUUGUUGUCAACAUCAUUAAACCUUAUGUUCAGCAACUUGUGUUUCUUAUUGGUAGGUCCUUGAAUGCAUCACCAUUGAGCCCCUCACGAUUCAUGAAAAAUGAGAUUUUAUUUACAAAGAGUGGCCUGUUUUGUUGAAAACAUGUUCAGCUCCAGUGUGCGUUAGGGUCCAGGCUCUGCAUGGUGGUGAGGGAGAAGACCGGGGUGCUCAUGUUGCUCCUCAGGUGGCUGUACCAGUCCUCGUGCUGGUGCUGGACGGGCUGCGGUGGGACGCCG